GCGUGACGGCAGAGGAUCAACAACGCACGAGGAUGCCACUAACACACACUCACCAGCACAUUUCUGAGGUCUGUCCGAAAUAACCAGCAAAUGGUGACCGGCGCGGUGGACGCUGAACGGGAGUAAAUUCACCGGAGGAGGCGUAAAGAAACAACCGGGGAGCGACUCUCAUUUAACAAAGCGCUUUUCUUUGAGUGUGGCUUUUUCGGGUGUAGGAUUUUCAGUGGAUUCUUUUGUAUCUGGAUUGUUCGUGGAGGGAGAGAGCCGGGAAGCGGUGUUUCAUUGAGCCAUGAAGAAGAACAGUUCGUCAAAGCGGGGCCCUCAGGAUGCCAAUCAACAGCCUGUGCAGCCCGACAAAACUGGCUGGAUCCGCAAGUUCUGUGGCAAAGGAAUUUUCAGGGAAAUUUGGAAAAACCGAUUUGUUAUAUUGAAAGGAGACCAACUCUUAAUUUCUGAAAAAGAGGUAAAAGAUGAGAAGAAAAUUCAGGAGGUGGUGGAUCUCACAGACUACGAGAAGUCUGAGGAGCUACGUAAGGCCAAAAGCAGGAGCAAAAAGAACCACAGCAAGUUCACGCUUCUGCGUUCACGGCAGCCAGGCAACACGGUCCCAAAUCUGGUGUUUCUAGCCGUCAGUCCAGAGGAGAAGGAGUCAUGGAUCAAUGCGUUAAAUGCAGCCAUUACCAGGGCCAAGAAUCGCAUAUUGGAUGAGGUGACGGUGGAAGAGGACAGCUUGUUGGCCCAUCCGACGCGUGACAGAGCUAAAAUACCCCACACUCGCCGUCUGCCCACCCGCGGGCACCUCAUGGCCGUGGCUUCUACCACAAACUCAGACGGCAUGUUGACGCUGGACCUCAUCCAGGAGGAGGACGUCCCAGCAGAACAGGGUCAGGCCUCUGGUGAGGAUACUGUGGAUAAAGCCUCAUCUCAGCGUUCCCCAGAUUCCCAACCCUCCAACACGGACACCUCCAAGCUGUCAUGCUCCAACGAGAUUGCAGGAAAGUCCCAAAGCCUGCCGCGGAAAAGCGAAAGCGCCUUCGACUGGUCGGAGAACCACCGGACGCCACAGCUCCGCAAAAAACCAACAACAUCUGAGAAGAACCGCUGUGCCUCCAUGGACGAGAUUCUAACGCACUGCGAGGCACGAGCUCUUCCUCACUGCUCCACGUCUGCACCCGUGCAGCCCAUCAGCCAGCUCCAGGACCUCAUCACACUGAAGCUGGAGAGAACUCAGGAGCUGCUGACCGAGGUGCGGGCGCAGGGCAAAGGAAAGGGCUCUCCGGCUGGGAAGAGCUCCAGUCCUGAGGGCAAGCGGAAAGAGGCCGAGCGGCUCCUAGAAGAGGCCGCAUCUACAUGGGGUCAGGCUCGGGACGUCUUGGAGGAAGUGAAAGAACUCCGAGCUUUAUACAAGCAGCUUGACUCUUCUGCCACAAUCAGUCCAACACAGAACGGCAAACUGAACAGCCCUCAACAAGCCAACCACCGAAAAAGCAUGAUGUGAGGUCAUCUUUCAAUGCACUCUUCCUGCUUUAGCAUUGCUGGAAUCAACGAACACCAUGAGCUUUACCUGUAUGUACGAAUUGUUCAAGGGCAAAUCUAGUUUCUUCCACUCCCUUAUAUCAACAGAAAUCCAAGGGCCGGUGGGUUUUUACGCAAACACAAACUGUUGCGCUAUAUCGGUUUUCACAGUGGUGUCAACGGGGGACUGUAAAAGCUUCAGGGUGAGAAACAGCAGAUGGCGGUUGUCAUCACCAGUCUUUCGCAAUGUGAAUGUUUUCAUAAUACACUGGAGGAGCUUAGUUUAGAUCUGGCCAGGUCUGUUUUACUCCAUGGGUCAUUUUUGUAUGUAGUAAUAAUAAUAAUAACUCCCAGCACACUUGCUCUACUGUUAACACAAUCCAAGCUCAUAAUAAGAUGCAAUCAGCCAAAGGCGGAUUGGCGGAAAGGCUCACGGAAAGAGCACUCGUCACAUGGGCUCUUAAUAGUGAACAAAGCCAUUGAACAUGAACACAGAUGACGUCUGGUGCCAGUGUUGAAGAAACAGCUGCCAUUAAAGACGAGGCUCCAUGCAGUAAAGGAAAGGAUGAAUAAUAAUUAAACAUUUGCACUAUAUGGAGAAUGCUGUAAAACGAGAGUGACACUGGCAAGCUAUCUUUUCAAACCUAAGAGGCAGAACAGACAAUCUACUGUAGGGAAAUAUGGGUCGUGUAGCUCAAAGUCUUUACACCUAAGUGGUAUUUCCGAAAAAAAAUGUUGGUAUCUUUGGAAAUCAAAAGCUGCCUUAGAGUAUUUUCAAAAGGGCACAUGCAAACUGCAUUUUAAACUCUGCAAAGUCUCUGAAUGAACGCUUGUAUGUUUCAAUUUUCAGAAAUUUGCCUACAAGUUGCCUGCACCGCGAGAGAUGCUUUUAAAGCAGGAUUUUAUUAUCGCUUGCGCUUUGCUUUGCAGGCUUUUUUUUGUCUUUGGGGGAACUAUGCAAGGUUGCAUGGGAGAAUCUCAUGAAACUUGUCAAGAGCAUUUCACAGAAUUUUUUUUACAAAGAACAGAAUCUAUAUUUCCUUAGGAAGUAAAUGCAGGAAUUUUAUUUUUUUGCAUAUGUAUUUUUUUAUUUUACGCCAUUUGUUAUGGACAUUUAGGCCCAAUCCCAAUUCUACCCCUAAUAGGGCUGUGCGAUUUGGGGAAAAUAUCUAACUGCGAUUUUACUACAGAUUUUGUGAUUGCGAUUUAAUUUUAUAAUCAAGAUUCGGCUCAAUAAUAUCUAUCGUUGCUCCUUACUGCAGUGAGUGGUAGUUAAAAACAGAAAAUGAAAACAUAUAAUCUUACGCCAACAUUUACUUCAAAAGUUCACACUUAGCUGAUGAUUGAUUAUAAAGCUUGUUUGUCAUGCUGUCCUGGGAGAGACCCCUGAGCUCAUGAGCUCCUCGAACCCGGGGCUCCCAUCCUGUUUGCAGGGCGAGAGGGGAGUUUGAGCUCAGGUAGAUCUCCAGAACUCCCCUGCUGUCGUAGCUAAUGAACAGAUAGUGAUUGCUCUUAAGAGAUAACUACUUACUAGGAGCAUUUGGAUUAGUCAAUUAACUCAAGUUGCAUGUUUUUGGAUGGUGGGAGGAAACCGGGAACCCCAGGGCAACCCACAUAAGCGUGUGGGGAGACUUGUAACCCCGCACAGAAAUGCACAGCUGGCUUGGUAAGAACUAGAACCAGUGACGUUCUUGCUGUGAGGCAACAGUGCUAACCGCUGGGCCACCAUGCCACCCAUCUAGGAAAGGAGGAGGAGUAGGGGUGGAAAGGAGGAUUCUUCAUAACGAAGAUGGCUGUUAUAUGGACAUUAGGGUAUUUCAAUCGUCUAAUUGGUAAAUCAUAAAUUGAAUAAUGCAGGACCAGCUGUAAGCAAUCAUAAACAUAUGAUCCUCUCGAAAUUAGUUUAUAAAUAAACUUUACUAGAUCGAGUGUGACUAGCAAUACUAUCAGUUGAUUUUUUAGCAAGACACUCCUCAUAUACCUAUACGCAUCUGUGGUGCUUUUUUAAACCACAAUAUUCCAUAUUACUGACGUGUGUUUUUUCUUUGAUAUGAAUUCGUCUGUUAAUACUUCUGAAGCGGUAAACACCAUCAUCCCACUUGUUUUUAUUAUUGUGGGUGUUCCAUUUAGUGCGGUUGCGCAAUUUUGAUUGGGCAGAAUGAAUGUGUCCUCACUCAAUUGGCUAGUAAGACUGUCACACACAGAUGGCAGUCACGCUUUUGCUCUGGGCAGGAGAAAUUAAAUACAUAUAUAUUUCAAAUCGCAGCAUCUUGUGAUUAGCAAAUUGCCAAAUUUCAGAUUGCAUUGCGAUUAAUCAUGCAAGUUUUGCGCAUUCACGUGAAGGGGUCGGGGUGUCCCAAUUCUCUUUAUCUUGAAGGCGUAGGGCUAAGGGGAAGGGUUAGAAAUCCCUUAAAACAGAGAUUUUUCAGGACCACACUAUAAACCAAGGAGUACGAACAUUUCCCAGAAUAUCUAUAACGACAGCAUGGCUGCACACGGACGUCAGGAGAUGCACAAAUUAGUAUUUUUGUCAUUAUUAAAUUUUUCUACAACAAACAGGCAUAUGUGUUAAUACAUUCAUAACUGCGUUUGUGUUUUACUGUCAUGCUUUGAAAAAAACUGCUAAAAUAAAAACAGCUAACAUAAAAACCCAUCUAUAAUCCCUAAUAAUAACUCCUGUAUAGUAGUCCAGCAACAUUCUGUCACUCGAUGACACUUAAAUACUCUGUCAGAAAAGUCUAUUGGCUGGGAAUGAGCUUUUUACAGUGUCUGCUAUAAUCUUAAUGUUGUUUUCGUGUAUUUACAUUAAUGAAUAUGAUCACGGUGUAAAUGCACAGUACAGUUACAUCUUUUUGCCACAUUAUAUCGAUAUAAUAACAUGGUAUCGUUGCCUUCGGUGAUUUCCUAACAUAAUAAACACCAAAAACAUAACACAACUUUAAUAACUACAGCAGUCGCCAUCAUCAAUGUCAUAUGUAGUACGAGCUCCCUAUGACAUAUGAUGACGUGUGCAGGUGUAGUGGUGUCCCAUUUCUUAGGGGUAAACUUUGAAGCCCUUCCCUUCACACUCUGUUUCAAGAGCCAAGGGGAAGGGGUACAAAAAUAGAAUAUGGAUUGGGCCCUAAUGAUAAUGGUCAUGCAGAAUUCAGUUUCUUUAUGCAGUUCGGGCAGUAAAAUGUGGCAUGCUUUCAUGAGAUUCCCCCACAAAAAUGAGCUUGAAAUAACCCACAGGAAUCAGGAGUUACUGGCAGUGUGCAGUACGCUAUUGCAUUCAACAACCAAAGGGUACGUCUUGCCAGUAUAAAAACCACCUUGUUUUACAGUUAGUAGCUAAAUAAUGUGUUUGCACAAUUCUAUUGGUACAGGUCAACCUGUUCUGUUACGAAGACUUGAUUAAAAAAACAGUGUUAUAUUUUUUGUACAUUUUAUUGUAAAGUGCUUUUUUUGUUUUUGUAGAGAAAGACUUUGAGGAGAGUUUUUGCUUUUAAAACGUUUGACUUCCCUGAAAACACAACUGGACACUUCCUCGCUUCUGGAAAGUACAUUUACGCUUCCAAAGGUAAUAAAGCACAAAGACGGUCAUUUUGUUUAAGUACAGGUGAACGCUUUAAAUGUCAUUCAUUACCCCUCUCAUUUGAAAUUCUAUUGUCUCGCAUUAUCGCCACGCAGAUGCCAAAGGUUUCCUGUACCUCGCACGUUCUUAUCUGAAACACAGCGCUGCAGUUGUGGGAUCUUUUCAGGUUUAAUCAGAUGAAUUGCUUUUGUUUGGUCAGCUGCUGGUGUUAUGAUCUGAUUUUUCUGACAGCGCCAGCGGAAGGUGAAUCGAAUUACCCGAGCAUCUGUCAGGUAUUAGAUUACAUAAACCCAAUCUUUCCCACAGGAGAACAGAAACAAAAGCCAAACUACACCUGUACUUCAGCAGUUGUGCUCAUUUACGACAUGUUUACUUCAUGUUGACUUUGUGAUUGCUUAGAGAUGACGCUUCCUUCACGCUUUUACUUUUGAGCUAUUUAUGUAUGCCAUACGAUUGUUCAUCCGCUCUUUUUGUCGUUUGAUAAAAUGUGAAUGAAGAGGAAAAUCUCUCUGUGUUAUUGUGGUCAGACUAGUUAUUUUGCAUAGGGACGUUUCAUUUGUGAGCUAGUGCGUCACACUGCCACUGGCGCACACAAAAAAAGGCUUAUGUAAUCAGAAAGGAACAAACAAUUGAUUGUACCAUCGAGUCGGCCAUUGAAAACCUGAAUGUUUUCAGCAUUUUUUCAAUUCCGUUCUACAUAAACACAUGCAAUCUCUCAGAUGGACGCUUCAUUACAAGCUGCUGGUCAACAACUCAGAUACUCGUUUUCGAAUCAUGUUCAGAUGGACGGUUGUAAAAAUCUCUGUGUACAUUAUUUCACAUUCUGUAGCUAAUUGUAAAUGGUGGUCGGUUUUUGAAGAGCAGAAACCUGUAUGUGGCUAUUUGUAAGCUCAGGACAGGAGAAUCUCUGAUGUACUUGAGACACAACCACUUGUGCAAUUAAAGUGAUCCUCAUUUGACCUCCCUGAA